AAGAAAAAGAAAAAAAAGAGAAAAAAACGGAAAAAGCCUGCAUGCGCCAGGCCCACACCCGCGCGGGGUGUGUGCUGGUCGGUGUAUAGGUUUCAAAAAUUUCGGGGCCCUGUGUGGUUGUGUGUUCCCACACUGGCCGUAGAUCUAUGGGAUCGGGCCUGCUUUGCCUGGCGGAAUCCAAGGACCGGCAAGGCCCAGGGCCAGUUAUGGCCUGAUGGGCCUUAUCCGUGAAAUGUCGUUAUAUCGUGCACACUUGUUAGCAUGCACGGUUUCAGCAUCGUAGCAUGAUACCUUCCGUCGAGCACCUUCCAUACUACCAAAGCAUGCAUCACGUCCCUUCAGGGACAUCCGAUAAAAUUGGAAGCAUGCAUCACCGAAUCGUCCUCAGCACGCGCGCCCAGUCUACAGUGGUGGUGCGAACCGCUGGCUGAGAAAGCAUAUUGCUGCUUGCAGCAUGUCGUGAAAGGAAAACCAGAGCCAGAUGUCCGGUGUUCCUUCUUCCACUGCAUGUCUUCAGUUAACCCAUUCAAAAUUUUUUUGCCUGCAACUGUAUACUUUGCGCGCUCUGUCACUCCAAAAAUAGGGGCAGCGCAUGGUAACCGCACGAGCCAACGUUCCAGCCACUCGCUCGUUCCCGAUCGCAGUAGCAAUCAACAACCCAUGAUCAUUGGUAUCGAUCUACACAAUUAACAUCUUGUGUGGUGAUCGAUCUUGUUCAUCUUCUUUAUCGUCGAUCGAUCGAGGUGCCACUGGCCUGUUGUAGCGGUUGAUGCUCGCGGCGGGUUACGUCGAUGGCGGCGAGCUACGCGUGCCGGCGUCCCUGCGAGUCUUGUAGCACGAGGGCGAUGGCGGGAAGUGUCGUCGGCCAGCCGGUGGCGCCGGGGCAAAGGGUGACGAUCCUCACCAUUGACGGUGGCGGCAUCCGGGGCCUCAUCCCAGGCACCAUCCUUGCCUUCCUCGAAGCCAGGCUGCAGGAGCUGGACGGGCCGGACGUGCGCCUGGCGGACUACUUCGACUGCAUCGCUGGGACGAGCACCGGCGGGCUCAUCACCGCCAUGAUCACCGCGCCCGGCAAGCACAGGCGCCCGCUCUUCGCGGCCAAGGACAUCAAUCGCUUCUACCUCGAGAACGGCCCAUACAUUUUCCCCCAAAGGAGGAGCGCGCUCGCGGCUGUGAUCGCGUCGCUGCGGCGGCCGCGGUACAGCGGCAAGUACCUGCGCCGCAAGAUCAGGGACAUGUUGGGUGACACGAGGAUCUGCGACACGCUCACCGACGUCGUCAUCCCCACCUUCGAUGUCAAGCUCCUCCAGCCCAUCAUCUUCUCCACAUAUGACGCCAGGAGCAUGCCCCUGAAGAACGCGCUGCUAGCCGAUGUCUGCAUCAGCACAUCCGCCGCUCCGACCUACCUCCCCGCCUACUACUUCCAGACCGCAGACGACAACGGCAAGACGCGCGAGUACAACCUCAUCGACGGCGGUGUCGCGGCCAACAAUCCGACGAUGGUUACGAUGACCCAGAUCACCAAGAAGAUGAUUUGCAAGGACAGGGAGGAGCUGUACCCGGUGAAACCGUCGGACUGCGGCAAGUUCCUCGUGCUGUCCAUCGGGACGGGGUCGACGUCCGACCAGGGGCUGUACACGGCGGAGCAGUGCUCCCGGUGGGGCAUCAUCCGGUGGCUACGCAACAAGGGCAUGGCACCCAUCAUCGACAUCUUCAUGGCGGCCAGCUCGGACCUCGUGGACAUCCACGCCGCCGUGCUCUUCCAGUCGCUGCACAGCGACGGCAACUACCUCCGCAUCCAGGACAACUCGCUCCGGGGUCCGGCGGCCACGGUGGACGCGGCGACGCCCGAGAACAUGAGGGAGCUCGUCAGGAUCGGCGAGCGGAUGCUGGCUCAGCGUGUGUCGAGGGUGAACGUGGAGACGGGGAGGUACGAGGAGGUGCAGGGUGCCGGGAGCAACGCCGACGCGCUUGCCGGGUUCGCCAGGCAGCUCUCCGAAGAGAGGAAGACCAGGUUCGGGCGCCGGCGCAGGAGUACCAUGCGUGGGGCUGGCUGUUCGAGAUCCAGCUGCUGAUCUUGUAAGUUUUUUAUGUGUGCCAACGUCUCAGCAAUCGAUGUACAGAUAGAUCUUUUUUUGUUUUUUUGCGGGAUCAACACCGGUGUUGUCCUGUUAGUGAUGAUUGAUUAAAAUUUAAACGCCAUCUUUUUACUAGCUAGGGAGCCGAAGCUAUAUUGCUCAUACAUGGUUAGGCUUAUUAUCUCCACUGUCUAACCGCGUCUGUUAGCCCUUGAAGGCGUUCUUAGACGCUAACUUUUUGGUGAAAAAAAUUACUCCCUCCGGAUCCAAA